AGGCGGAGGCGGCGGCGGCGGAAGAGGGCGGAGGGUAGUGGGAUGGGGGUCCCGCGGCAGCGCUGAAACUCCGGGUGGGCGUUCAUGGCGCCGCUGCGCUGACAGGGCUGGGAGCAGCUCGCCUUCCGCCCUCGCCCGCUCAGCGUCCGAGCAACCGGUCCUUCCUCGGGGAGCCAGUUCCUCCCCGGGCCGCCGAGCCAUGCCCAUCGCGACCGUCCGGGACGAGCCAGGCAUAAAUUAAUUAUUGGAAAGCUGCUAGACAAUGGAGCCAGACAUCAUUCGAAUGUAUUCUUCGUCUCCCCCACCGCUAGACAAUGGAGCAGAGGAUGAUGAUGAGGAUGAAUUUGGGGAAUUUGGUGGGUUUUCAGAAGUCAGCCCUUCUGGUGUGGGGUUUGUUGAUUUUGAUGCACCAGAUUACACUCGUCCUGAGGAAGACUUUGUACCUUCAAACCAUUUUAUGCCAAUUCAUGAUUAUUCAGAAAAUGUAGAUAGCCUUACAAGCUUUAAGUCCGUUAAAAAUGGUAAUGAUAAGGAUAUCACUGCUGAACUUUCUGCUCCUCUGAAAAGUCAAUCUGAUAUUGUACUUUCUACCACCAGCAAAGAAAUGACUCCAUCUAAAAUUUUAGAGACUUCCAUCGAUGGCACGGAAAGCCUGGGAGAUUUAAAUAAAGUAGUGAUACCAGGACCAAACACUGGACAACCCAGAAGUUUCUCUCCAGGAGAUUUUAGAACUGAUAGAAACAUUGUUCAUCAAACCAAACAGUUAGAGAGCUGCAAUGGUGAAAAGCCGCCUUGCCUGGAAAUUCUAACAAACGGGUUUACAGGUUUAGAAACUGUAAAUCCUCAGGGAACAGAAGACCUGGACAACGUGGCUGAUUCAAGGAGAUUGAAACCUCAUAGCCCUUGUGGCACGGAGUGUGGUUUAGAGUCUGCAUCUAGUCCUGCUAAGGAAUUUGCGGAUUUUGCUGCCUUUUCCCAAACAGAAAGGAUACAACUAGAAGAAGCAGAAUGUGCAAUUUUAAAUGAUAGCGAUGCACUGACCGUCCAGGAAAACAGCAGAGUCAACAGAGUCAACGAACUGAACUCUAGGAAGGGCGUGUCUGUGGGUAGAAGCUUUGAGGAUGAAGGAGUUACUGAUGGAGAACAUCAAGUCUGUGUUUCAGAGGUCCAUGUAAUAACUGACAGAGAUCUCCAUGUUGAAAAGCAAGACCUUCAAACACUGCGACAGGAUGAAUUUUUAAAUUCAAGAAUUCAGUCUGAGGCUUGGAACUUGGUAGACUCAACUGAAAAUUCAGAAGCCAUUAGGCGGGACCAGUGUAAAACUGAGGAAAAUGAUUUAUUUGCUUCUAAAUGUGCUGACUUAUGCAUGGAUUCUAUUAAAACUUCUGAUGUUAAUGAAGUUGAUUCUUCCAAAGAAGAAAAUAGAAAGUUUACCAAUUCCAAAAGUCCGAACCUUGAUCCCACAGAAGAAAAUAUUUUGGAUGACUCGGCUGCAAGCAUAAAAAAUGGUGACAGUGGUAACGACUUUGCAACUUGCCACGAUACCAAUGAAGAUGAUUUUGGCGACUUUGGUACGGCCAGUGGUGUCACUCCACCUUUUGUUACUUGUACUCAAGAUUCAAUGAGUGAUGUCACUUUUGAAGAGACCUCGGAACAUUGCCUACAUUUUAGUGAGCCAGGUGAUGAUUUUGGAGAAUUUGAGGAUACAAAUGCUGCUUCUUGCCAAGAGGAAAUGAUAUUUACUGAGUCCAACCUAAAACAGACCUCUGGUAGUUUGUCAGAGGAAGAUCAGUUGGCAGGAAAGUCUGCUGGAAAAGACAGUGAAUUUGGAGAUUUUGAUUCUGUGCCAAAUACUCAAGACAGCAGUAGCGCUUUUCAGGACGCCGAUGACUUUGCUGACUUCAGUUCAGCUGGUCCUAGCCAAGCUAUAGACUGGAAUGCUUUUGAGGAUGAACAAAAAGAUGGUUGUUCUUGGGCUGCCUUUGGAGACCAGCAGGCUCCUGAAUCCCAGCAUCGAAAGGAAGUCUGGCAGUCACAUAGGACAGAUGAAAACAUUGAUGCUCUGGGAACCCCUAAGAUGCACAGCAUCCCUUUAGCGACUUCCAAAGGAACAGUUGCUAGUGGCCAUUUGCAGGAUUCAGCCACUUCAGUUCAGACAGCUUUACUCAACCGGUUGGAGAGAAUUUUCGAAGCCUGUUUUCCUUCUGUAUUUGUCCCUGAUGCUGAGGAGGAAGUUACUUCCCUGAAGCACUUGCUGGAAACAAACACCUCGCAGAUAAAAACAAGAGAGGCCUUAGCUGAAAAUGGUGAACUGCUGGAUGUAUGGACGGAACUGCAGGAUAUUCAUGAUGCACAUGGCUUGAGAUACCAGUGGGGUGGCUCCCAUAGCAACAAGAAGCUUUUGUGUUCCUUGGGAAUAGACACUCGAAACAUUCUAUUCACUGGCAAUAAGAAGCAGCCUGUUAUAGUACCCAUGUAUGCAGCAGGAUUGGGUAUGUUAGAGCCCACCAAGGAACCAUUGAAACCACUGUCUGCUGCAGAAAAAAUUGCUUCUAUUGGUCAGACAACCAUUAUGACACCAGAAAUGAACACAUGUACAUCUGAUCCAUUCCAGGAGUCUCUACCACCCGUCCAGUUUGACUGGAGUAGCAGUGGCCUUACUAACCCUUUAGAUGCUAGUGGAGGUUCCACUCUUCUGAACCUUGAUUUCUUUGGGCCCGUGGAUGACAGUAGCUCUAGCAGCAGCACAAUCCCAGGUGUGGAUCCAGAGUUGUAUGAAUUAACAACUGCUAAGCUGGAGACUUCCACCUCAAGCCUCAAAGUGACUGAUGCAUUUGCGAAGCUCAUGUCUACGGUGGAGAAGACGAGCACGUCGACCAGGAAACCAAAAAGAGAGGAACACCUAAGUGAAGAAGCUGUGAAGGUGAUCGCCAGCCUUCCGGACUUAACCUUCAUGCAUGCCAAGGUGUUGAUGUUCCCAGCCACACUGACACCUUCCACAAGCUCCCAGGAACAAGCAGAAGGAUAGCUGGUUGAACUGGACAGUUUCAAAUACUUUUUCCUUUCCUCUAUCCCUUCCCUACCAUCAAAAACAUACCUGCUGUAAUUUAAAAAUGAAUAAAUACAUUCAAGUUCAGCUGAUUUGUUGGUAAGCCACACUAGAAAGGUAUACAUAGUAAUGUAUAUUUAUUUACAUACUGAAGUCCUAAAUUUAUAUUAGAAAAAAUGUAAAUAAUUGGGGAUGAACAUUUUUGAAGAUUUAUUCUUUUGUGUUGCUGGGGUGUAUACAUUUAUGUCUUUGUGAAAUACACUGGUGGUGUCCUUCUUUAAAAAAAAAAAAACUUUUGAAAUAAAAAAAGAAAAUUAAAACCUCAAAUCUCCACUGUCUGGAGUCCCCUCCGGUCUCUCCUCACUGCACUGGCCACUCUUACUUCCCUCCUGGAUGCGCUGUCACUUUGCCGUCACAGAGCUCAGACCCUGUCUGAUUUUCAGUUUGGUCUGUGAUGGGCUGUGUCAGGCCUGGCUUUUGUUAACUUUUCUGGGCUCUGUUUUAGUCUUUUCAAUCUUGCAGAGGUCAUCGCUGCUCUCUGGUUGUAGGGUGUGGAUCACUGUCAGAAUUGGAUUGGAGGCUUGACCGAGAUUGUGCCUGUUUUAAUUAGUUUGAUUUGGAGAAGGACCAAAUGAUAUGAAUGUCUUAAAAUGAAAUUCGUUAGAAAUCUUUCUGUUCUAUCAUACCAUUAUUUUUUGAGGAUUUUGCACAGUGUAAAAUGACAUAAUCAUAGAUUGCUAUGGUUUAGGCUGUAUAUACAGUAAAAAAAAAAAAAAAACUAUGGGUUUUAAAUGUUUGGGGAAAUUCCUAUGGAAAAAAGAGAGCCAUGUAGAGGAGCCUCUAACAAGGUCAAUGUGCAUGCCCAAGACUUUUGAGAUUUCAAGUGUGUAAAUUUCCUUUUAGCUUACACAAUAAUAAAAUAAUU